AUGCUGAGUAAUAUGGGAGGAGUAGGAUCAAAGGAGGUUGGGAGGAUUGCACAUAGAUUUCUAUAUGCGCUUUCGAACAAUGAAUUUACGAACCGGUUAUUCUGGAUAGAUGGGGAUCAGCAUGUGAGAGUAAUGUUCGACCUACAUGCACGACUGAUGUCCCAACAUGUGAUGGAGUUGUAUGCUACGGUCCGUUAUGUAGUUGUUGGGGGUGGGCCGUCUCCUUCAGCUCCUAAAGUCGUGCCACUCGAGGCGACACCGAUCCACUAUGCCCAGCCUCAUGAUAGUGCCGACGAUUCCGACAGUGAGGACGAUUCAACCUAUGUUGUCGGAUCCGGGUCGUCAAGCGACAUAGUGUCAGAAGAUGAGUUUGUGCCAGAGACUCCCAAUGGCAGUGUUGGUAGGUUUCUGCUGUCUCCCCCUUUGGCCAUUGCUCAACUGUCAGAUCCGGACGAUCUUUUGAACACUGGGGACGGGAAAGAUUACAACACGAAUGGUGGGGGGAAAUUUCAAAUUGGGCAUAGGUUCAGCAAUCGAGAAGCAGUUCUAAUGGCGGUAAAGAACUACAAUAUUCGACGGAAUGUAGAGUACAGAGUGCUGGUGUCAGAUAGGCUUAAAUAUCACUGUCGAUGCAUUCACCAAUGGUUGUCCAUGGAGUUUUCGUGUAGCAUUAUGACAGAACUUAAAUUACUAGGAGUGCUGUCCAUCAGAGUUACCAUUUUAAGCCCUCGUAUCGAAAGGUGUGGAUGGCAAAGCAAAAAGACGAUUGUUAAGUUCUAUGGCGACUGGGAAGAGUCAUACAAUAGGAUUCCAACACUCUUACAAGCUUUGCAGCAGUGCCUCCCAGCAUUUAAGCAUUGCAAGCCGUUUUUAUUAGUGGACAGAACACAUUUGUACGGCAAGUACGGGGGCGACUGGUACUUCAAUGCUUUGGGUACACUAUCCUAUGAGAUGGUUGAUUGGGCUCUUCGUUUUUGGAAGAAUUUGUGA